UAACAACUUUGUAAGGUUUGUGGAAGGUUUUUAAUUUAGUUUCAGUUUACCUAAAUCAAAAAACGAGGUCCGGCCAAAACGUCUAUGUGUGAAGUUGCAGGUUUGAGCCACAAGAGGGCGAAAACCAAUUGGCUCAAGCAUACAACCACACUUAGAGUGGACGACCUUUUGGAGGGAACUUGUUUAUAUAUGCAGUUGCACGUUUGAGCCACCGGAGGGCGAAUCGUGCAGACAACCUAAUGGCCGGACCUCGUUGGUGGAGCUAAACCGAACAACCGACCGCAUUACCAGACCAGAUUUCAUCAUAAAAUGUGUCCCUACGCUAAACUGCCCUUGUGGAACAUGAAUAAAGUAGAUAUAUUUCGACUGAAGAAAACCAAAUUAGAAAUUAUAAUUUAAAUAAUGACGAAUAAUGAUACUGCUCAUUCAAAAAAGUGUAUAUGUCAACCUUUAAUCAUUUCUUAUUACAGACAAGAUUGACAUCGUUUUUAAAUGUGUAUCUGUAUUAUGAUUGAAUGCAUGUUUUGUAAAUCAGCAGUUUGGUUGACAGGCCACUCGGCCUGUGGACUGUACUGAUAGCCGUGUCCACAGACAGCCAGCCACAGAAAAUAGUUUAUUUUCAAUUAAUAAUGUCGAAUGAAAAAGUGGGACAAAAUGUUUAAUUUGCGUGGCUAAAUUAAAAUUAAAGGCUAAAAUUGAAAUACAACGUAAAGUGGGACAGGUGGUCACUCUACCGAUGACUGAUUACCACAAAAAUGUAAAACGUGUGUGUUUGUUACCUGGAAGUAUGUGACGUAGAUCAAGCCACGCCCUCUGCUCGCCCGUCACCCGUGUGUAACUUGACCUUUAUCACCAUGGAGACAGAAGCUGUCUGUUCAGAUGAACUACAGAACUUUAAUGACCCGGAGCUCCGCUCAACAAUUUAUCUGCUACUGUGGGAAAGGGGGAAAGGGAGAAAGGGGGAAAGGGAGAAAGGGUGAGGGCUGACGGUGGGAGACUCCUCCUGCACCACCUCCCCGGCUCCUGAGUCCCACAGCCGGGCAGCGUCCCGUCGAUAAUCCUAGCUGCUCCUCAAUCAUGACUCCGUCCCUUCAGAAACGGCUCAUCUUCUCCGCCUCCGGCCUCCUGGGUUUCUGUUGUGCGCUCGCCACCGCUGUGGCCUGUGGUCUGCCGCUGUGGGUCAACGGAACCGCGCUGUGCCGGACCGGAGCCGAGCUGGUGAACGCGUCUGGAGCAGAACUGGACAAGUUCGUGGGCGAGCUGAGCUACGGGCUGUUUCAGGGUCAAAGGGUGAAGCAGUGCGGCCUUGGAGGGAGAGUGUUCCGGUUCUCAGUUUUCCCAGAUCUCCUCGGCGCUGUUCCUGCUGCCCUCCACGUGUCUGUGAUUGUCUUCUGCGUCACUGUGAUUCUCUUCUCCUCUGUGGCCACCGGCUUCUUCUUCUUCAAUGCCUUUGGUCGACCUUAUGAGACGCUGCAAGGCCCCAUGGGACUUUACCUGUGGAGCUUCAUCUGCUGUAAGGGACAACUGAUUACCAAAUCUCACAAUCUUGGUACCAAUCCCUCAGGUACUUGUAGCCUUUUGGUGAUGAUCCUGUUUGCUUCUGAGGUGAAACUGCACCGUCUCUCCGAGCGAAUCGCCAACUUUAACGAGGUCACCUACACGUUCCAGACACACAGUGAACGUUACGACAGCUGUUUUUGGCUCCUUUUCCUGGUCUUCCUACUCCAUGGACUCAACAUUCUCUUGAUCCGUCUGACGGGAAUACAGUUCCCCUUCAGGGAGAACAAGGAGUCUGAGUUAAACGGGGGUGCUGUUGACCUGAUGUACUGAAGUGGAUUAAAAAAAAACACAAAAAGACACAUGGGCAUAUCAGAAAAUCAGAACAGCAACUGCCUAUAUUGACCAAAUCCAGAAAUAAGUUCUUCAACCAUAACUGGGAUACUAGAGCUAGGAAGACUCUCUCAUUCUACCACGACCCUGAACACCAGAGCCCUGAGCUCCCAAACUAUAAAGCAAACCCAGACUCCUAGAACCUCAGAAUAUAAACUCCUAACUUCAUAGAGCUUCACUCAAAAACUUGGCCCAAAAAAAUACUUUUAAAAUGUAAAUGAUCAAUAAUUGUAGUCACAAUAAACAUAAUCUCUAACUUG